UCAACUUCUUGCCCACAACAGUUUCGAGUCCCCGGCACCAGUCUGUGACCUCUCGGGAGUGUAUGUGUUUUUUUUUAAACUAACAAAACGCUGAAGCAACAUUGAAAGAAGGUACAAAAGAAAGUAUCACUUUUUUUUUGUAUAUCUCAAGUAAAUCAAAGCAGCAACAAAGUUGCAUUUGCCUGAAGUGCUUGGGAUGAGAUCGGAAGGUAAUAGUUAUAAGCCAUCUCUAUUUCAGCGAGUUUGAAGCCUGUUUCUCACUUCAUCCUGGAAGCAAUUAAUGAAGAUCUGAUUUGCUGCUCUGGUUUGAACUUGUUUUUGGACUGCAUCAAUUAUUUCAUUCCUCUUUGAACUGCCGUUACAAACGUAACUGGUCAAUUCUGAGCAAGCCCCAAGGUUUCAUUCAGAAAUUUAUAUUUAUUUGUAAAAGUUUGACACUUUCUGCCGCCAAGUUGAACCGAUGAGCUCCAGAGCAAAAAGGAUGCAGCUCCGGGUUCUCCUCAACCUGCUCCUGCUGUGGGACAUUCUGCCCGUCGCGCUGUCCUUCCACACUUGCAAGACCAUCGACAUAGAGCAGAUCCGGAAGAAGAGAAUCGAAGCUAUCCGGGGUCAGAUCCUCAGCAAACUCAAAAUGUCCAGCCCUCCCAAGGCCGAGCAAGUGACAGUGACCAACGAGGUCAUGGUUCUGUACAACAGCACCAAGGAGCUCCUGGGUGACUUGGUCAAAGAGCAGCAGCAGGUCACCACUGCGACUCAGUCAGACUAUUAUGCCAAAGAGGUGCACCGCUUUGACACUUUGGAGGUCAACUCAGGAAGCCGAGGAGGUCAAGAUGCUGACUCCUUUCACAAAAUCUACCAGUUCAACAUUUCGUUGAAUAUUUCCAGUGAAUCCUCCCUGCACCGAGCUGAGUUCCGACUCUAUCGAAUGCCCCGGGAUGUAGCAGAUGUUUCAGAACAGCGGGUGGAACUUUAUCAGGUUGAUUCACAUACCAACACAUAUCUAGACAACCGCCUGCUGAAAACCAAGGGGGAAGAAGAGUGGAUCUCAUUUGAUGUGACAGAGACAGUGAAAAAGUGGCUGUUGAAUAAAGAGACUGACCAAAGAUUGAAGAUCAGCGUCCACUGCUCCUGUGAGUCUUCCAACCUGAAGAAAAGCCUUCAACUGAAAUUCUACGAGUCACCCAGGGGGGACUUGCAGGCCCUGGCAAAGCGGAACCGGAAGAUGGCACACAUCCUGAUUAUGUCCACCCCUUCGACCAGGGCUGACACUCACAGUAGAAGAAAACGGGACCUUGACACAGACUACUGCUUCGCGUCUGCUGAGGAGAAGAACUGCUGUGUACGGCGCAUGUAUAUUGAUUUCCGAAAGGAUCUCAACUGGAAGUGGAUCCAUGAGCCUAAAGGCUACUAUGCAAACUUCUGCAUGGGACCCUGUCCAUACAUAUGGAGCUCAGACACCCAGUACAGCACUGUCUUGGCUCUGUACAACUUGCACAACCCUGGAGGCUCCGCAUCUCCUUGCUGUGUGCCCCACGUCCUGGAACCUCUGCCUAUUCUCUACUAUGUGGGUCGGCAGCCCAAAGUGGAGAAACUCUCCAACAUGGUUGUGAAGUCAUGCAAGUGCAGUUGAAGGUCCAGCCGAGCAAAGAGGGUCCAGUGCCAGCAAAGUCUAGAGCCAAAGUCGAACCAACUCAAAAGCCUCCAGGUGGAUUACAUCUGCACGAACAUAUUCAACACACGCCUAAUGUGUGAAAAUAGAGGCUUUCUGUUUGUCUUUUUCUAUUCAGAAUGUUGUCCACUAAUUCCUGCCAGACCACACUGGACAAUCUGACUCAUGUCUACAUCGUUCCAGGCUCCAGAAUUCCAGCUCCAGCUAAGCUGGAGACUGCAUUUCAGUGUUUUUAUAUUUUUAAAUGACCGAUAUUCUGAUAAUUUAUAAAUCUAGGGGUCUUUUCAAUCUGGUUUGUCCCAGAAUCUGCUCCAUGUAGUUCAAUUGAUUGCCACCUUCUACACUAGGCCCUGAUCUCUUGACCUUGAAAGCAGCAUUGAAUCAUGGGCCGAUAAUAGAAGUGUCUCAUUGUGCUUUUACAUUUAAAAAAAAAUGAUUCAGCUGCCUCCCAAACAGGUUCAAAAACUUUAGGCAGCUGAUUAAAAGGCAGAGAGUCAUUACAUGAACUUUAUAAUUCUCCCCUGGGCAGCAUUUUGAUGAGUGUGUUGCCUCAAGGUUGGGCCUUAGGCCUUUGACUGACAGGAGAAGAGAUUCAAAAAACAAAAAUAACAACAGGAGGAAAGAUGGUUACACCAUGACGAAUAUUUCCAACAUUAACUUGAAGAGGACUGUGAAACCAUUUCAAAACAUACCAAAAGUGGAUUUCAUCAAGACAACAAGGACUUGAGGAUGGGCCUAUUCAGGAAGAUUAAAAAUCAAACUCCUGGUUAAUACCAUCUAUUCUGAGUAUUUAUUUCCGGGUCUUAGGCUGCAAACAGGAUAAAGGCCUCAAUCUGGCAUGUUGACUCAAGAAAUACGUGCUGCCAAAUAUGCAUAUGUGUUUCUAAAACUAAUUGUUGCUUGAUGAAAUUGUGCAUCUGUUCUCCUUUUUAUACAGUAUUUCUUGGGUUGAAGGAUGGAAUUUGUUCGUGAUUAACUUUCCUCCAUUAUUCUUAUUCUUGGAUGUUCUGAUAGAAUUGAACAUUGAGAAGAUUAAGUUGGUGCACGGACAACACCCUCAACGAGUUGUCCUCCAUCUCCACCACUUAUCCAUGCAACUUCAUGUCCUUCAUGUGACGAAAUGUAGGGGCAUCUUAAAAUGAUUGUUUCUGUGUUUGAACUUUGCGGGGAGAUGGUGGCACUGAUACUGGGUUAGUAACCAGCCAGCCCAGGUUAACUAUUUGGGGACAUCGGUUCAAAUCCCACCACUGCAAGUGGUGACAUUUAAAUUCAAUCAAUAAAACUGGAAUCGAAGCUAGUCUUAGCAUCAGUGAUUGUAAAACUAUGUCAGUUGUUGUUUUAAAAAAAACAUUGGUUUCAUUAAUGCGCUUUAAGGAAGGGUAUAUAUCAUCCUAACUGAAUCUGGGCCCAGAUUAGGUAAGGAUGGCAGAUUUCCUUCCCUAAAGGACCUGAGUGAGCCUGACAGGUGUUUACAACAAACAAUGAUUUUUAGCUUUCUAUUCCAGAUUUAAUGAAAUGAAUUUAAUGUUUUAGUGGAAAUUUGUUCCCAUGCCCCAGCACUGGUCUCAGCUUCUGGAUUAGUGGACGAGUGAUGUUACCAUUACAUCACCAUUUCACUAUUUUUUGUACUAUGAAUUUCUCAUUGUCACUCAGAACCAGCUGCAAAUGGAAGGUUCUGGAUUUAUCUCCCAUCACGGGGCAGCAGCAACAGGAUUAAAGAAUCUGAAGAUCUCGAGUUGCUGCUGUAUGGUCAAAAGUCAGAAACCAGAGGGCAAGAGCCUCCCGAGGACAUAUGAGAAGCAUCAGGGACUUUAGACAGGCAAAUAAAUAAUCCAGAAGAAAAAAACAUUAAUUUGAUCAGCGAAAAUGAACUCAUUGGCUAAUAGCUUUUUGGGUUGCCAACAAUGAUUAAUAUUAGUCCUGGAGGUUUCACACAUGACUUGCCCUUGCUCCCAGGCUUCAGCCAUUGGUGGUCCAACACAUCCAUCCUCAUGGCAGAAAGGCCAAUCAGAAAGCAAAAAAGGCUCAGCCAUUUGGAUGAAACCUGACGGUCAGCCAAACAGCUAUUUCCCAUGUUUUCAAUAUUUUUAUAUCUGGUAAGGUGAAACGUGCCAAGACAAUAAUAAUAAAAAAAAACCCCACAAUCUU